AUGGCGCCCACAGAUGCGGAACGCAAAAAGGUAUGGGCGCCUAGGGUCCGCACAGGCUGCGAGAUCUGCCGAGCGCGCCGCAUCAAAUGCGAUGAGACCCAUCCUGUCUGCAAGCGAUGCGCUGUUGGAAAUCGAGCCUGCCGUUAUACAUUGGUGACACUGUCGAGGCCAGCCGAGACUACGCAGGCGUUGAGCAGGGCGCCGUUCUACCAGGCUGAGCCUCCAGGUUGGGAUGCGGCACAAGCGAUGCGAUUCUUUGUGGAUGUGUCGAUACCAAUGUACUCCAAGUUUCAGGUCGUCGAAAACGCCUACGACGCGCAGUUUGUCCCGGGCUCUCACAUCUCCGUCUUUCCCUACCAGCCCGGGUUCAUCAUGAUGAUGACGUGCCAGCGCAUCAAGUUGGCGUCGCUCAGUCGCAACGUGCCCGUCAAGCGCGGCCAGGGCUUGGGCAUCGAGCACCUGUGGGACGCAUUCUACGAGCAAAUGGCGGAGACCAUGGGCCAUCUCAAUAAGCACAUUAGCGCGAGAAGUCGGCCGGGCUAUAUAAUCUCCAGGAUUAUUGACUUGCUGAGCGUCGAACUGGCUAUUAUGGGCUCGCCUUGGCGGGCGCAUCUACAAGGCUUCUUUGCGGUGGUUAGCUUAUACGGUGGUGUUUCUCGCAUGUUGAAGACGUGGCCACGAGUCAUUUUUGCACUUCAUUAUUGUCUCAUGUAUGCGGUUGUCGGAAAUGCGUGCGCCCCGGCUACUGACCAGAUUGCCGGGCUCGACUCGUGGAGCGAGGAGGAGAUACUUACAGUGUAUCAAUUCACGUUUUACUUUGAGUUUGGAUGCCCAAGCCAGGUCGCUCUGGCGAUUAUCCGAAUAACACGCCUGCGUGUCCUCGCCGCUACGAGCAGCCUUGCUGCACCGGAUCCGUUGAGCAGUAUAGCAAAAGAGAUUGCGGAAGACUUGCACGCAUUCGUGCCGGACGAGUGGAGCGAGAUAUAUCCGGUCCCGCACGAUCCCCUGCGGCGACUGCUGGCGCGCAUGUUCAAGGUGGCGACGAUUCUGUACGCUGUGCUCUCCCUACCGCCAGAUCUUGCACAGAGUUUCGUCGGUUUGACUGAAAAGAGGGAGCCACCGGCCAACCCGCGCGUCUACUAUCGAAUAAUACUGUUCGAACUCAUCGACCAGACAGAACCCUACAUCAAAACGAGCGUCCUCAGCUGGGCGUUUGCGGUGCUGGGGGCAGCGUACGCAGAUGGGCCGGAAGAAGGCAAGACGAGGAUAUUGAAUCAUCUCAAUGCGAUGCAGGGGAUGGAGAAUGUCGAGUGCGGCGCGACGACGAUGCUGCAGGUGUUUCCGAAUUUCUGGGCGUCAGGAAAGACGAGGUGGGAGGACUGUUACUAUACGCCGUGCCAGGUCAUGUGCUGA